AUGGUGUUAUCAUAUCGUGAUGCAGCUUUGUUGCAUGGUCUAUUAGAAUAUGAUAAUAGUUUUGAGUUAUGCUUGGAGGAAGCAUCUUUGUACCAAAUGCCUUAUAGUUUACGAAGGUUGUUUGCUACUUUAUUAGUAUAUUGUAGUCCAAGUAAUCCGAGAGAUUUAUGGAUUAAAUAUGAGAAAGCAUUAUCUGAUGAUUUUAAAUAUUUAAAUUAUAGUGAUAGAGUUAAAAGAUCAAAAGUUUUAGGACAUAUUAACAUUAUCCUGGAAUCAAUGGGAAAAACUUUAGCUGAUUAUGAUCUUUUGGAAUUUGACAUUGAUGACAAUGAUAUUCAUGAUGAUAAUAGAGAAAUUAGUGAGGAAUUAUCGAUUGUUAUAAAUGAUGAUGAUAUUGCAUGUGCACAAUCUUUAAAUAUUGAACAAAAAUAUGCAUACGAUCAAAUAUUAGAUAAAGUGUUCUCUAAAGUACCUGGUUUGUUUUUCAUUGAUGACCCUGGUGGAAGUGGAAAAACUUUCUUAUAUAAAACAAUUCUUGCUGCUGUUAGAUCAAAAGGUUUAAUUGCCCUUGCUACAGCAUCUUCAGGAGUUGCAGCUUCCAUUUUACCUGGUGGAAGAACAGCUCAUUCCAGGUUUAAAAUACCUUUAGUGAUGGAAGAACAUAAUACAUGUCAUGUUAGUAAACAAUCAGGAUUAGCGAAACUUAUGAAAGAUGCAAGUUUAAUAGUAUGGAAUGAAGCUCCGAUGGUAAAAAAGGAAGCAAUUGAAUCAUUAGAUAAGAUGUUACAAGAUAUAAAUGAAUGUGAUUUGUUAUUUGGUGGUAAAGUAGUUGUUUUUGGUGGGGAUUUUAGACAAGUUCUUCCUGUAGUUCCAAAAGGAGUAAUACCAAACUCGUUUAUCAGAAGCGAGCUCACAUCACGCGUGCUUGAGUCCUGCCCAUGCACCAAGGCUGUGUGGGUUGGAUCACAUAUAAAUGACAGGAUUGAAUUGGAUUGGAGUAAAAUGGGUUAA